UCAGGGCUGGUUCCCUGCUGCAUAUGUGGCUCCUAAUGAAGAUUUCUCCAACACCUUAGCGAUCAGCACUGGUUCUCUAAAAAGCCACAGUAUGAACAAUCUGCAGCACACUGACACUUACGCCAAACAAUCUGAGGGCAAGAGUUAUGGCGAUAUCCCUCCCCCGGUCACACCCACCCGUAGAGCGUCUGUAGACGUCCGGCUGAUCUCUUCGGUCCCUGCGAAGAUGGCAGAACCAGAAACAAUAUCUGCACCCCCUCCUCCACCAUCCUCACAAAGUCUGAAUCCCAGAAGGGGCUCCGCAGAUUUUCGAUCGACCUCUCUACACCCUGAUAGGAAGAGUGACGGACCUUCUGAUGUCCAGACGUUAUCACCACCUGGACCUGAAAACCCUCUGUUUCCCAGAGGUACAAACCCGUUCGCCACAGUGAAGCUUCGCCCCACGACGACGAACGACAGAUCAGCUCCUCAGAUCCACUGAUCAGUCAGCGCUGAUGGAGGUGGAGUUUGAGCUGUGACAUCAGCACACGGAGGCAGGAGACACAAGUUCUUACAUCACUGAUAUAUAAAUGCUUGAAGGACAGAAAAAUGAGAGUUAACAUGAGGUACUUUGUUUAUCAUAAGGGAACUUUAUUAUAGUUAAUUAAUUCAAACCACAAAGUGGAACGUUUGUUUUAAAAUACUUUGUGCAGCUGGUAUGUUGUUUUGUGUUUGCUGUGGUGAGACUAUAGAAGGAACAAUGUUAGAAAAAUGUUGUUUUAUUUGUUUUAAUUAUAUGUUGACUUGUUGUUUCCCCUUUUGUAUUCUCUGCUAAGCUGUGUGGCUUCAUCACGAGCUUACUGUAUGUCUGAAAUUUGUGGUAACUUUGUUUAAUGAUGGACAAAGAAAAAGCAAAUGUUUGCAAAAUUUGCUCUCAUUUGAUAGUCCUUUUUUUGUUUGUUUUACUCUUGUACAUUUCGUGAAUUUGAUUUGUGAUCACGAGUAAAAACAACUUAACACACACUA